GCUGAAAACAUUUCUACCGCUCAACACCGGGGUGGCGAACCGGGUGAACAACAAUGACACAAACCCACCGAUGGAGCCGCAGGUCGGCUUCAAGCUUUGCCUACAUGCCGGCGGCUCGGCUGGCGAUGGCACGAACGGCAACGAUCCGGAGCUUCACGUGCAACUGAUCGGCGCUCGCCAUUUACCGAGCAGCUUCGGGCUCAAAAGCGUCGAGGGAUACAUGGUGAAGGUGAAGCUUUUCCCCGGCGCCAUGAAGUUCGACUCCGGCAUCCAGACGACGUCGUGGCCAACGUUUGACGAAACGUUUCGCUUUCCGCUGGUCGAUAGCCAUAAGUCCUCCUUUCGGGUGAAAAAGAACGAAAAGCCAAAGGACGUCCCGACGCAGUCACUUCCGGAGAAGUUCUUCAACGGGAAGUUUGUAGUCUUCACCGUAUUCGCCCUUCUGGAACUGCCACCUGGGUACACCUCGACGCUGAAGAGCAAAACGAUGACCUUCAUCCGGCAGGGCAGCCAGCGGUUGAAGGAUAAACCGGUGAUCGGGAAGCUGGUCAAGGAUAUCGAGCCGGCCACGGACCGGCACACCAAUUUCGACCAGAAGCAAAACCUCAAGCUGCUGACCACGAGCGAAAGCCAGCGUAAUCUGGGCUCGGUGACGUACUUUCUCGACUCGCGUUCGUUUGCGAGCGUGCAGAAGGGUGGCUCCGGCAGCCGGAACGGAUCGGGAGGCACGUACGCUACGGAAGAGCUGUGGCUCCCGGUGAAAGACAUCACCGUCACACAGCCGUCGGCAGAAUCGCGAAUCACCGUCGCAACCCGUGGGGAGGUCGAAGUGACACUACAGCUGUGCGACUACACCGAGGUACACAUCGACACGAAGCAUACGUCGCGCGAGGAUUGCAGCUUCAACAUCGAUGGUCCUUACUCGUCACCACCAACGUCACCCUUGUCGCUAUGCUCCACCAGCUCGGACGGACCGAAGGCGACCCCUUUCGAGAGCCAACGGGCGUACUGCAACGGAUCACCGGUCCCAACGACGACCUCGCACAAAAAUCGUUUCAGCUUCGACGUCCGGAAGAUCGUGCGGAGCGUCAAGAACAAGGACAAAAACCAGCGCGGCCUGUGCCUAAAGAUCUCGACCGCGAAGGUGCGCUGCAGCAUUCGGGUGAAAGAGGGUUUCGAGGAGAUUGCGGAGAAGGUCUACCUAAAGACGACGGUGCUCGAGCACCAGAUCCUGACGGCCAGCUGGAAAUCGGAACCGUUCCGACCGGCCCUCUCGAGCCGCUGGAAUGCGGAUGACUGUACGCUUGUGGUUCCACUGUGCGGCGAGACAACGCUGGACAACCUUUCGAUCAAGAUAGGUCUGGCGGCCAAGAGCAAGGUGGGCAAGAAGAUACGGCUCGGUACGGUGUUUCUAGGCCCGAUGGCACGCCAGUCCAAUCCGACCAUGGACGACCAGUGGAGGAAGAUGAUCGAGUACAAGGGCUCACCGAUCUCCGUUUGGCAUCGGUUUGAGGAGGACGCCUAGGUUAGAGUGCACACGCUGCAGUCGUUGAUGUAUUGUAAAUAUUGAGUAAAAAUCCGCGAAAUAUAUUUUAU